AUGGCUGACAACGCCCCACCAGCGACUUCAACUUCGCUUCCUCCCCCUCCCCAUCAGUCAUCUGCCGGUGCUCCAGGCCAGCAGCAGCAGCAACAGCAGGGACAGCAACAGCAGUUCGACAACUCCCAGGGAAAUGGACAGACAAACCCGUCACACAUGCCACCGCCACCGCUGCCGCCGGUUGUCAUUCCGCAAAACACCAAUCCGAUUCCGACGGCAAUCACCUCGCCCAUGUCAGGCAACAUGAUGUCGCCCACCGCGGCUGGCGGUUAUGUGCGUCGUUCUGCUCCUGAGCCCAACAAGCGAGCUCUUUAUGUUGGUGGCCUUGAUCCUCGCGUCACAGAAGACAUCUUGAAACAGAUUUUUGAGACCACUGGCCAUGUCCAGAGUGUUAAGAUCAUUCCCGAUAAGAAUUUCCAGAGCAAAGGCCUGAACUAUGGCUUCAUAGAAUAUGAUGACCCUGGCGCGGCAGAGCGUGCGAUGCAGACCCUUAAUGGCCGCCGUGUUCAUCAAUCAGAAAUCCGCGUUAAUUGGGCUUAUCAGUCCAACACCGCUUCCAAAGAAGACACCUCAAGCCACUUCCACAUCUUUGUCGGUGACCUGAGCAACGAAGUCAAUGAUGAGGUUCUCCUUCAGGCUUUCUCUGCUUGUGGUUCAGUCUCUGAGGCUCGUGUAAUGUGGGACAUGAAGACCGGUCGAUCUCGUGGCUACGGGUUCGUUGCUUUCCGUGAAAGAGCUGAUGCUGAAAAGGCCCUCAGUUCCAUGGAUGGCGAAUGGCUUGGUUCUCGUGCUAUCCGCUGCAACUGGGCCAACCAGAAGGGCCAACCUUCCAUCUCCCAACAGCAAGCCAUGGCUGCCAUGGGCAUGACGCCUACUACUCCGUUUGGUCACCACCAUUUCCCUACCCACGGCGUUCAGAGCUAUGACAUGGUUGUCCAGCAGACUCCCCAGUGGCAGACCACCUGCUACGUCGGAAAUCUCACCCCCUAUACUACCCAGAACGACCUCAUUCCAUUGUUCCAGAACUUCGGUUACGUUGUUGAGACCCGCUUCCAGGCCGAUCGUGGCUUCGCUUUCGUGAAGAUGGAUACCCACGAGAAUGCUGCCAUGGCCAUCUGCCAGCUCAACGGCUACAACGUCAACGGCCGUCCUCUCAAGUGUAGCUGGGGUAAGGACCGUCCGCCAACCGGCCAAUUUGACGCAUAUUCGCCUCAGCAGAGUGGAAACCCGGCCUUCAACUCUGGUACUUCACCAUACUUCCCUCAAUACGGCGGCCCGGGUGGCCCAAUGACUCCUCAAGGUGGAAUGCCACCAGCCCAGGGCUACCCUCAAGUCCAAGUUCCUGUGCAGGGAGGUCCAGGGGGCCCUGGAGGCCCUGGAGGGCCUGGUGCCGCCUCUGCCGGCUACGGCCGUGGCCAGUCCAACCCUCCUUCUGCCGGAUGGGCUCAACAACCUAACAACGGCGUUGGCGUUGGCGGUGCUGGUGGAAACUUUGGUAACGGUUUCGGUGGUUAUCAGACUUAA